CGAUGGCGUGCGGCCUCCCGCCCGACUUGCAGCUGAUCGUCGUUGGCACCGGCUUGCCCGAGUCCAUCAUAGCAGCCGCGUGCUCCAGGAGUGGGCAGAGGGUCCUUCAUGUCGAUUCAAGGAACUACUAUGGAGGGAACUGGGCCAGUUUCAGUUUUUCGGGCCUGUUGUCGUGGCUGAAGGAAUUCCAGGAGAAGAGCAACCGGGGCGAAGAAAGGGCCGCCUGGCGGGAUCUUCUCCUUGAAACGGAAGAAGCCAUUGCUCUGAACCAAAAGGAUGAAACCAUUCAACAUGUAGAAGUUUUUUGUUAUGCGAGCCAAGAGCCAGAAGAGGAGGUGGAAGAAGCGGGGGCCCUGCAGAAGAACCCCGUCUACGACGUCCCCCCGGACUCUGCCGACGCUCAGGGCCCUCCACCCCCAUCCGAGGAGAGCCACCCAUCUCCAGAGACGGAGAGCCGGGAAGCGGCUCCGGGAGCGGAUGCCGGAUCGGAGCCGGAAAACGCGCGCGGCGAGGAGAGGCCGCCGGAGGAUGGAAGCUCCGGCGACGCACCGCCCGAUCCGGAGGAAAACCGGCCCAAGAGGACCCCGAUCACCUACUCCCAAAUCGUGAGGGAAGGGAGGCGGUUUAAUAUCGACCUAGUGUCCAAGUUGCUUUAUUCUCGAGGACCGUUAAUCGAUCUGCUCAUCAAAUCAAACGUCAGUCGCUAUGCCGAGUUUAAAAACGUCACCAGGAUCCUGACCUUUCGCGACGGAAGAGUUGAACAGGUACCGUGCUCCAGAGCAGACGUCUUUAACAGCAAGCAACUGACUAUGAUCGAAAAGAGAAUGCUAAUGAAAUUUCUUACCUUCUGCUUGGACUAUGAGCAGCAUCCCGAGGAAUACCAAGCUUACGAGGGAUGUACCUUUUCUGAAUAUUUAAAGACUCAGAAACUAACCCCGAACCUACAGCACUUUAUCCUCCAUUCCAUCGCGAUGACAUCGGAGACGGCCACCCCCACCCUGGAAGGUCUCAGAGCCACCAAGAACUUCCUCCAGUGUCUUGGGCGCUAUGGCAAUACUCCCUUUUUGUUCCCCCUGUACGGCCAAGGAGAAAUCCCCCAGUGCUUCUGCAGGAUGUGCGCGGUAUUCGGAGGAAUCUACUGCCUUCGCCAUUCAGUCCAGUGCCUCGUAGUGGACAAGGAAUCUGGAAAGUGCAAAGCGGUUAUCGAUCAUUUUGGCCAAAGAAUAAAUUCCAACUAUUUCAUUGUGGAAGAUAGUUACCUUCCGGAGAAAAGCUGCUCGCCGGUGCAGUAUGGACAGAUCUCCAGGGCUGUGCUCAUUACAGAUGGGUCAGUGAUGAAGGCGGAAUCGGACCAGCAGAUUUCCAUUCUGAUGGUUCCCCCGGAGGAGGCGGGGAACCCGGCCGUUCGGGUCGUCGAGCUGUGUUCCUCCACGAUGACAUGUAUGAAGGGCACCCAUUUGGUCCAUCUGACCUGCACGGCCUCCGGAACGGCAAGAGAAGAUUUAGAACCAGUGGUGCAGAAACUUUUCCGCCCGUACAAUGAGACCGAGCCAGGAAAUGAAGAGGUGGACAAGCCCGGCGUUCUGUGGGCUCUCUAUUUCAACAUGAGGGACUCUUCCGGCAUCGCCAGGGACUCGUAUCCCGAUCUACCGUCCAAUGUCUACGUUUGCUCUGGACCCAGUGGGGCUUUAGGCAGCGAUCACGCAGUCAAGCAGGCCGAAAGCCUAUUCCAGCACCUCUUCCCCAACGAAGAGUUCUGCCCGCCUCCACCCAACCCGGAAGACAUCGUCUUCGACGGAGCCGGGAGCCAGCCGGAGGAUCCCGGGUUUGGCCAAGCGUCCACCGCCGAGUCGGAGACCCCCGAGGGCGGCCCGGGGCCGGAGGGCAGCCAGGGACCCGAGGGCGAGGGCGGCCGGCUCCCGGAGGAAUAGGCAAGCGCUAGCCCGGAGACUCCUCCCACACCUCCACCGACCCGGCCCCGGCCUCCGCCCGACCUCCGCUGCGGAAGCCCGGUUCGAGAUCGACCUCCGCCCACCCCUCGGUCGUGAAUUCGCAACGUGGUAAAGACGGGUCCGGCGGGGAGGCGGUCCCAUUCCGAGGAGGGUCCGGGGACGCCCGCUCCCUCGGCACUUCUCGGGGGGCCGAUCGGGGGCCACUCCCCGGUCGAGGGCAGGGUAACCAGCCUCCCGCGGACCCCACCUUCUGAAGCGGGGGAAGCCGAGGGAGGGAAGGGGGGGCCUCUCGUUGUCUUUUGAGGCCUCCGGACCGCGUUUCCUCCACUUGCUCCAAAGGGCGUUCUCUUCCAGAAAGGAGGAAAGUGAAGUUCACGUCCGUGCGUUAGCCCUGUCGGUCCGUAUGAAUCAGAAGGAAUAAAAUGACAUAGUCCGGUCGGCCUAAAAUAACGUCCGUGUCCCUAUUUGAGAUAGCGGUGUUUCUCCAAGUUUCAGAAGGUUGAGGAUUUUGCCUAAGAAGCUGUCGCUCCGGUUAGGAAAAGUUAGCUUCUCAUCCAUGAUACACUGUUACGUGCCCAGGACAGUGAAUGUUUUAAUUUUGAAUCUUCAGGUGACUUAAGAACAAACUCGUUGGCGUUUCAACAGAGGCCCCACAGUUUGGGGAGAAGGUGGGCGGAUUUGGUCUCUGUAAGGACCGCGUCUUCCAAUUCUGUUGUAUUGAACGCUCCCAAGGGCUUAAUAACAGUGCUCCGCACACAGUAAGCAGCUCACUAAAUAGCGCUGAUUGAUUAAUUGAUUGAUUCUAGUCCGGACACCCCCUCCACCGGGACCCGCUUCACCAUGGCAACCAUGACGCUACCUCCCCGCCUCCUCCUCGAUCAUCCAGGUGCUGUGGAGAUGGAGUUUAUCGGAGGAAACCCCCUUGAGGCGUUCGGAGCAUAAGAAAGGCUUUCUAUGAUAUCUGAGGUAUUUGCCAACACCUCUCACAGGCAAAUCUCGAGCUCCCAGAGAGUUGGGAAAUUAAGAAAGCCCUAGGCUUCAGAAUCCUGCAGAGCAGGGAGGUCCGACAAACAUAAAAAAGUCUACAAAUAGAGUAACCGGAAUAAGUGAUUGAAUGUAUGGUUGAUUAAAUCUAGACACGUCAGUGCUGAGGAUGGAUAUGAAUGUGCACCUAAGAGCUUGACGUGGCUGAUGGGUUGAUGCUUCUCAGGAUGCUGGGAAUUAACGGGGGAAAGUCGUAGGAGGAGACGGAAUAUGUUCUUUGAGCGUCUCUUGGAGUUAGGCCCCUGUGGGCAUAAUCGGUCAAUAAGAGACCUGGCUAAGCGCUUGGGGGACCACAAUAUUUAGCAGACAUGAUCCCUGCCUUCUAGGAGCAAACAGUCUAUCGCAG